AUUUUGAAGUGAUUUUGACCGAAAUCAUAAUGCUACUUUCACUUGCUUUCACUUAUAGGCCGAUUUUUUGAAGUUAGUUUGUUAUUCUCGACUAUAAAUAUAUUACAACAUCUGCAGGAAAGCGGUGGUGGAUUUAUUUGAAAAAUGAGUGCACCUAAGAGAACAAGUAACUUUAGCAGGGAAGAAGAAUCCCUUUUAAUUAGACUGGUGAAUAAAUAUAAAGAUGUUAUUGCAUGUCGUAAAACGGAUGCAGUAACAAACUCUUCAAAAGCAAAGACAUGGAAUAUGAUUGCAAAAGGGUUUAACAGUGGAGGGGUGUCAUACCGGGAUAGUAAAACAUUGAAGAAUAAAUAUGACAAUAUCCAUAAAAGGUCAAAGAAGAAGUUCUCACAAGAGAAGUGUUCCCUGCUACAGGAGGAGGUGCCUCAAAAACAAUUCAUUUCACCGAUAUUGAUGAACAAGUCAAAGACAUGUUAGGUGUCCGAAUAGAAGGAAACCCUUCAGCGUAUGAUGAUGACAUGAUUGUCUGUGACAUACCUGAAAAUGGUACAUGCCGAGACAUAAUCAUUGAGGAAUAUCAUGUACUUCAGAGGAGACACAGGAAGUUCAAAACAGUGGUACUAAUAAAAUAAAUAGUUUCGAUGGUAUGAUUUAUUUAUGGUUUUCCAGAAAAGCCAGUAGUCAUCAGGCAGAGGAUGAGAGCAAGUUAAAUUAUACAUCCCCUUUGUGCACACUAAAAUCAAGUGCUUUGAGAACUCCAGAAGAUAAAGAAAAUCAAAUAGCGCAUCACUUAGAAGGUCCAGAAGCCAGUAUACAUCAAACGAGGGACUGGAGCAAAUUAAGUACAUCACUUUUGCGCACACCGAAAUCAAGUGAUCUGAGAACUGCAGAAGUGAAGACCGACUGCUCAAAAAAAAGGGGUGCUAUUUGCACAAAAAUUGAAAAAUGGGUCGAAUCCGAAAGGUCAUUGGAAGAUUCUAAAGAAAAAUGCCUUUUGGAUGAAUUUGAAGUGAAAGAAACAGCUAUUGAUACAAGAAAAAAACUGGAAAUAAUGCAACUAGAGUAUGAAGAGAGAAAAAAGAGGGAAUAUGAAGUACAUAACAUUAACAUGGAAAUGUUAAAUAUGGAAAAACAGUAUCUGUUAAAUAAAUAUAAAAUUUGACUUUCUUAAUCUUGCCA